UGCUGUAGAAAGAUCAUCCAAAACAUCUGCUUUCCUCUAUCUUAAUGACAAGUUCUCUUUGUCUGACUGACACAUCACUUCAGUUCUUUCAUCUCUAGCUUCCACUGAGCCUCCUCAAAGUCAACAGACAACACUAUUUUUUCUUCACCUACUUGGGAAAAUCAAAAAGGUUUAAAAUGAGCAUCACUGACAUCCUCAGCCCUGGUGAUAUUGCUGCUGCCCUGCGGGACUGCCAAGCACCAGAUUCUUUCAGCCACAAAAAAUUCUUUCAGAUUAGUGGCAUGUCCAAAAAGAGCAGCAGCCAGAUCAAGGAUAUCUUCCGGCUCUUAGACAAUGAUCAAAGCGGUUUUAUCGAAGAAGAUGAACUCAAGUAUUUCCUCCAGCGGUUUGAGAGUGGAGCCAGAGUAUUAACUGCUUCAGAAACCAAGAGUUUUUUGGCAGCUGCAGAUCAUGAUGGGGAUGGCAAAAUUGGGGCUGAAGAAUUCCAGGAAAUGGUGCACUCCUGAAGGACUGAAGGUAACAGAAAAAGAUGGAUGACUUUGAAGGAGAUGAUAUUCUAAAACCCUGUAAAUCAGAAAGCUCCUUUGUUUAUUUAUUAUCUGUUAUUCAUUUGCUGCUCUACUGAGAUACCAAAGCAUCAGUUAAUAAUGAUUUUUGAUAAUGUGGACCAUGUUACCAUGUUCUAGGAACACAUUUCAGCAAAUACUGCCCUUAAAAUUAUCCAAUAAAAUAUU